AUUCCGACUGAGAAAAAGUUUUCUUUGUCUCAGGUAAGCAUUGAGCCGAUAUCUGGGAUUGCUACAAAACUUAAACUUCGUCUUCAGUUUAAUGGAAUCAUUCCGGGAGAUUUGUUGGUUCCCGGCACAAAUGUGACUUUUCUCCACAAGGUAAUACCGAUGUCGUGGACGGAAAUAGGAACAACCAUGGACGAAGAGAAGGCCAAGAAAUUAACUUCAAAGGUGUUUGGAGACCUGCAGCUGUCUUGUGGUUUGCUAUUAGCCUUGCCCAUACUUGGUGGAGUGUUAGUCAUUUUGGGUGUAGCCUUGAUUGUCAUGGCAAUGAAGAAACGCGAGGUUGUAGCUGUAGUGUGAGAGUUCCUUAAAGUAGAUAAAAACUUCGGAAGUCAUAUUGGACUGUUCACUCUAAGGAUAUCUAUAGGCUA